AUGUCCAACUCGCCCUGUCCACCCGAAAAUGCCGCACCCGCUGCUCUGGUGAGCCCCGAAAGGGCUACCGGUACCUGUUCUUCUUCUUCAUCACCACCAGCUCUUCCUCCCCCUCCUCCCCCACCGCCUGCCAUCCCUCCUGCUCCCCCUCUCCCUCCCGCCUUGUCGUCUGCGCCUCACCCCGGCCCCGACUCUAUUAAUACCGACGCACCCCCUCCUCCACCUGCACCCGGUCCGGCCCCCGGUCCUCCUCCCGCAACACAAGAAGAAGCAACAUCCUCGACGGUACCACCACCACCAGCGACACCAGCACCGCAGCACGGCACCACCCAUGCAGAUCAGAUUAAAUAUGCCCGGGGUCCUGCCGUUCUACAGAGACCACAGGGCCCCUCCCUGCUGACCCAAGCCCUCGCGACAGCCCGUGGCAUCCCUCGACAUUCCUCAUCUUCCCAUAUAGAUUCCUCCACCGCCGCCAGCCAGUCCGCUGUCGACUCCUCACACCAUCCUCCCUCGAACCGUGACGUCAAACCUCGAGAUCCCCGUCAUGGCCCGCCGCAUCACGGAGAAGGUGAUGUUCUAGCGCAGCGAGUCUCUCCCCGAAAGCCGACCAUGCCUUCAUUGACCUCUGUGGCAACCACGGUGGCGCCACCUGCUUUUGGCAGGCUGGACAUUGAUCUCGGCGAGGUCAACUCAAUGCUCAACGGCCACCGCGAGUUUCUGGCCAAGACCAAAGAUCGAGAGGGGGACUUCAAGAAUCGCCUUGGCAAUCGGGCCAACACCUUUGCUGCCGAUACACCCAGCGGCCAUGCCCUCUUCACCGACUCACCUACCGCCAUGUACGAUGGACAUGCCGACGAGAACACUGCAAUCGAAGAGCGGCCCGUCCUCAGGACUUGGAAGACGGAGCACAGGGUGUCUUUGGGGCCCGAGAAGGCCUGGUCUAUCGGGACGGGAGAGAUUGACAGUGACGGGGACAGCGGUCAGGUUGAAAAGUCUAUUACCCAGGCCUUGGCCGGACACGAGCCGAAUGCGCGCAGUCGGAAAGCCAGUCACAGCCUGCGAUUCUUCAAAGAAGGUCUCCCGGAAGAGAAAGUGAAACGGAAAGAGACCCGGCCUUCCACCCAUCGAGAGAAGACAGGGGAUAUCGCCCACGAAGGUGAAGGACUACUCAAAGAAGGCGAUGUCAACAAAACCAAGACUCGUGAUCUUGAUGACAAGACUCACACGGCCAAAGGGCCACCGCGGGCCAAGACGACCCCGGCCGGACUGCGCACGCCUGACGCAGUUGAGACAAUCGAAGAAGCCCCGGAAGAUUAUUUUGUUUCCAAGCACAUGGAAACCUCACUUCACGCCAGCCCUGUGAAGCCAGCAAAGUCGCCUUGCAAGCUUGCUGCCCAUGACCAACAACAUGUGGAGCCGACUGAGCCAUGCUCUGGCGGGUUGGAACUGCGACGGGAGUCGGAUGCCAGCACCGGAGGCGGGGAUAGUGCGGUUGAUGAGGGCGACGAGUCGGGAGAGGAAAAGAUCUCGUCGGCAGUGUUCGUCCCGCAUCAAGCGCCCCCCGAACAGCCAACAGAGCACGCCCCAGUGCCUGGUGCGCCCCCUAGGAGUGUGCCGGCACGAACCCAGUCUCGACAUGACGAUUUUCAUCCGUGGCUUGUCAAAGCUGACGAGCCAGAGUUUGACGAACACGGGGAGCCAAUAGACAGAAAACUCAAGUCUGAACCUACCCAAAGCUCUAGUGUAGCACCUGAACUAGACAUCACUCAACCUGCCGGCCCGGCGGCUGCUGUUGAAAGCAGAGAUGUAUCUGCCAAGCCGUCCCGUCCAGUCUCCCAGUAUCAUGAAGAAGCCGUCCAUGACCAUCAGCUGGAGCCCACGCAGCCAUUAGAGGCCAUUGAGCUGAUUCCAUACAAGCAUCAAGUUGGCGGCCAUACCACUCUGUGGAGGUUCUCCAAGCGAGCUGUCUGUAAGCAGCUGAACAACAGAGAAAAUGAGUUUUACGAAAAGAUUGAGCACUACCAUCGCGAUCUUCUUGCCUUCCUCCCGAGAUAUAUUGGGGUGUUGAAUGUCACAUUUCAGAAACAGUCUCGUCGCAAGUCAACCAUGAAAAGAGAUGAUCAUGCAGUGGACCGUCAUCACCCAGAUGGCGACUCGAAGGCGAACGGGACAAGCCGGACUUCUCACGAAGCUGACCCCCCCACUGAUCGCCCCAGAAUGAUCAGCCAAUCACUGCAGAACAACCAAGGCCAGAUUCCUACAGUUACGUUUGUUGACAAUCAGCAUAUUCUGCCUCGAAGUCUCCUCCAGCCCUCGUUGCCGAGUCCGCCAAGCCUGGGCGGAAGAUUUAGGAGUUCCUCGGCAUCAACACUUCCGCACAGCGAGACAGCGCCGCAAGAUGUACCCGUGACACCCACCAAGACUGCGCUGACGCGCCCCAGUCUUUCCGACCGGCAUGCCAACAGCUGGGGCGCCACCACGGUGAACAAGAGACUCCGGAAUGAGGUCUUCAAUGAUGCCUUCCUCAAGCAGCCGAUUGCGAUUCAUCGGCACCGCAAGGGACACCAGCGUCCAAUGCCGAGGCGUACCCUUCAGCAGUCACUUCGCCCGACCGGAUCAGAUCCGAGUCUGGCAGAAUCUCACGAGAAGAGGGCCCAGGCAGCCAGAGAGGCUGCUGAGCGUACACUGAGUGCAAGCUCCUUGGCGCAGACACAGAGUGAUCUCGGUCACAUUGACACAUUCUGCGACGCAGAGGGCGAGGAGGACGAGGGUGCACCCAAGGAUGUCACGGGAACUAGUGCUCCAGAGCCUGAAAUCUUCGGAGGAUCGUCGCCCGCAGCUCUUAAGAAGAAGCGCCGGUACUCUGGGACGGGCCUGCGUCGAAAGCCGGACGAUGUCCGCGACGACCGUGGCAACCUGAAGUAUUUCGAAGAGGCGGACGAGGUUGUCUACAAGGGUACCCGUGACGAGAUUGUGCCCAACCCCAAGACUCCCGUGAAAGCGAAUGCUCUCACCCCCCCAGCAGAACAACCAGUUGAGGCGACCAUCAAUGGGGGUGGCGAAGUUCAGCAUCCCAAUGCCUUUGUCUCGGCCAUCACCUCGGCUGCCACUUCAGCGCUCCCCAGUCCAACUUCCGAGUUCAAGAAGAUUCCCCGGCCUAUCAACCCCAAGGAGGCUCAAACGCAGAGCGACUCCCGCGUCGAGUACUUUUUGCUCCUGGAGGACUUGACGGCAGGCAUGAAGAGGCCUUGCAUCAUGGAUCUGAAGAUGGGCACCCGGCAGUAUGGCGUGGAUGCGAACCCCAAGAAGCAGCAAUCGCAGAAAGGCAAGUGUGCCAAGACCACAUCUCGCGAACUGGGCGUCAGGGUCUGCGGGCUUCAGGUGUGGGACGUUCAGACGCAGAGCUAUGUUUUUAGGGACAAGUACUACGGCCGGACUCUGAAGAAGGGAGGAGAGUUCCAGGGUGCACUGACACGGUUUUUGUAUGACGGUGUUGACCCGGCCAGUAUUCUUCGACAUAUUCCCACUGUUCUCCGGAAGCUGGAUGAGCUGGAGGUGAUCGUGGGCAGGUUGAAGGGGUACCGGUUCUACGCGGCGAGUCUGCUCAUGUUUUACGACGGUGACACUUCGGCGGACGCCAGCAACGGCUACGAAACCGCAGCCAUCGACGACUCAACAACUGAUUUCGCGACGGACACGGAGGAGGCCCCGAGGAGACAGAAGAAGAGCAAGCGGGAUAUCGACUUCAAGAUUGCCGACUUUGCCAACUGCAUCACGCCGUAUGAUCCGAUGGAGGACAAGGCCUGCCCACCGAGGCACCCCGGAGAGCCAGACAGAGGGUUCAUGCGGGGUUUGCACAGCUUGAGGAUGUACUUCCUCAAGAUUCAGCGAGACACGAGGGCCCAGAUGGGGUUGGUGUCGUCAGGAAAUGGGGAAGCGAUGGGAUAUCCGGAGGAUUACGAUGAUGAGGGGUCCGUUAGUGAGUGA